AAAAAAACAUUAAUUGAUGAGAUAUUGUGUGUGUGUAUGUGUGUGUAUAUAGACACCAGAUUAUGAAGAUAUCUUUAUCAAUUAUGAUAAAAAUCAUUAUCAUCAUUUUAUUAUAUUUUUCGAAUUAACAUCCACGUGUUUCACCAAAAUAUUUUUUCUAUUUUUAUACAUCUCGAAUUAAUAAAAAUGAUAUUGCAAUAUUACAAAAAAGAAAAAUAAUAAAUAUCGAUACUUAUAAUAUCGAAUAAUUAAUUAAUUAAAUAAUGAUUGUCUCAUUACGCGAUGUGAUUAAGGGCGGGGCGGAAGAGAUGGAGAAUAGUAAUCGGUAGACACACGCACACAUAAACUCCGCGCGCGUAUUAAUUGCUAAUUAUUAAGUAUUGAUUUUUUUAAAUGGGGACGCGUGGAGCGUAGCGUCAACUCCCCGUUCCUCCCUCGUUUGGAGGAGGAAGGGGAGGAAGGGGGAAGCUGCUCGUUCGCGUCAAGCAUAUCCACGGACUAUUUUCCGCGGCGUGCAAAAACAGGGUGCGCGCGCGUAGUAACAUCCGGCGUGACGCGAGAAAUGGCGGGAAAACGCGGGAUCGCGAGACGGAUAUUACGAGUGUACGGCGCGUCCGUGAAACUGGAGAAAGCGCGCGUCGCGCAGUUGACAGAAGAACGAUCAGCGAACACGUGGUAUCGCGGCGCGGAAUUGUGCGACCGCGUCCGCCACGAAAUCGCGAUGAAAAAAAAAUUGACAAAUUUGCCAAGAUGGCGGACUAAUUAAGAGUGCCGCGCGCCGAUACGUUUUAUUCUUUGCGCGCCGCAUGGCCGCGUCCUUAUAAUCGAUGUAAUAAUAUGGGAUUUUCGGAUGCCAGCGGCAGCGGCGGCGGCGUUGACAGCGACGACGCUAUACACACACACACAUACACAACGCCGCGCGCGCCGCGUCGCGCCGCGCCGCGACGCGGAGCGCCGGCGGAAUCCAUAAAUAAAACAAUUGGUUAUAUACAUAUGUUUUUCAAAUCGACGAAUGCUAUUAUAUAUUUUGUAUUGAGCACUCGGGGGGAGGCGGACGGACGGACGCACGCCGACGCCCGACGACUAUCGCGGAGAGCGCGCGUCUGUUUUUAUAAAGAGGCACGAGACGUCUCGCGUCGCGUCGCGUCGCGCCGUGCCGCGCGGCUUAUAAUCUCGCCCAAUCCGCGGCUCCACUCAUAUAAAGUAUACGGCGGAACAAAAAAGAGGGAAAAUCGUUAUAGAAUAAUCAGCGAGCCGUCGCUCGUUCAUUCGUUCGUUCGUUCGCCCGCUUUCGGUCGCCGCCGGGAGACACACGCGCUUCUUCUCGGUCGCGCACCGUCGCCGCUCCUCGCAACCGAGGAUGCGUCGUCGUUGUCCGGGUACACGAAGAUAUCGCGUCGCGGGACGAUUCAACGCAUCUUACUAGCCGUCAUUAAUUCUCGCGGGACGAGAGGAAAAGGAAAAAAAGAAAAAGAUCAUCUCGUCAAGUCGGCGUGCGUGUCUAUCAUUAUUAUACGCGUCUCUGUCGAAAGGAUUACCAUAAAGAAAAAGUCUUCCAGUCGUGGAACGAGAAAAAAAUUUCUCCUCCCUCCCCCUGGCGCAUUAUUUUUUUUAUCAUUCCUUUCCUCGCUCUCUCUCUCUCUCUCUCUCUCUCUCUCUUCCGUCUGAUUCUUUUCCUGCCUUUUUGCUUUCGUUUUUGAAAUAUGGGUACAGCGGCACACGAUCUCGAGCAGCAGCGCGAUCGGCGAGCGAACCGGUCCGCGACGCAGUGCCGAAUUUGCGCGGCCGACAUCGCCCUCGACGACGACGGGAUGCAUAUCUUCGCCGAGGACGGCCGCCGUCAUUAUCUACAGACCAAGAUACGAAAAUAUCUGCAUAUCCUGGUAUCAUUGGAGGAUAAAUUUUCAAAAAUGGUCUGUUCUAUAUGCAUUAAGAGAUUGGAGGGUGUCCAUCGCUUUGCAAUGAUGGCAUACCGUACCCAAGAAAAGUUGAGAUCACAGUUUUAUAAUAAUAUUGACAAUACAAAUCUCGUACAAGAUGAUGAGAUACAGAAUAUUAAAGAUACUGCAAAGAAGACAGAAGAUCGAGGAUUGUUACAUUCAAUAUUGACAAAAGGUGUGAUAGAAAUUUUAACUGAAGAUGAGCCACUGGAACCAUCAGAAUUAAAUUCCCAAGAGGACAAACGUCAUACUCCAAGCAUGGAGGAAAUGGAGGUAAAAGUGGAUCCAAUGCUAUUUUUACAAUGCGGUAUGGAACAGUCUGCAUCGGAAGCUUCAGAUUCCUCAGACAACGAGGAAGAAAUAACAGGAACAUAUUCACCUGAGCCACUACCUUUAACAAACAAAAAUAUUGAAGCAGAAGAAGAAGAUGAAGAGAAAAAAGACGAAAGCGAGUCUAAAUUGUAUGAGGACAGUGAAAAAAUUACAUCUAACACAUCAACCAAACCACACGAAUGUACAAUAUGUGCUCGAUCUUUUAUAUCGCAAAUUGGUUUGCAAAAUCACUUGUGGUCACAUUUACCCAGAGAAAGAAGGUUCGAUGGAAAGCCUAUUUUACGAUCUCAACACGUUUAUUCUACAAACGGUGUACUUCACACGAACAGUGAUAACAAUUCGUCCAGCAAUUUCAUCUGUCCAAUCUGCAGUAAAAAAAUUUCUACAAAAGGAAAUUUGAAGGUGCAUUUAGAGACGCACAGGCCUAAGGGAAAAUAUGGAUGUGAUAUAUGUGGAAGAAUUUUUAAAACGCAAUCGAAUUUAUUCAGACACAAAGAAUAUCAUGGCGGCAUACAGUUUCCAUGUAAUGUAUGCGGGAGAGUGUAUCCGACGAAUUCAACGUUACGUGCCCAUAGCAUAACGCAUUCAGAUUUAAGACCGCACGCAUGCCCACUUUGUGAUAAAACGUUCAAGCGAAAUCAGGAUCUAAAAUUCCACAUAAAUCAGCAUACGGGUGCGAGGCCUUAUCAGUGUCCUUACUGUCCGAAAGCUUUCGCGAGCUCCGGCAAUUGUUUUUCACAUCGUAAAAGAAUGCAUCCUCGAGAGGUCCAUCGGGAUCGACAAAGAGCAGCAGAUUUAAUGAGAUGAACCAUGGGUAGUCAAUAUGAGGACUGGUCUUAGAAUAUCAGAGAGAUAUUCUAUCGAGUGAUGAUCGUAUAUUGAUCAUAUAUCAGUAUCUAUCGUAAACAUAAAUUUAUUUCCAGAGAGUAACGGUGCUAAUGUAUGAAAACGAAAAAUUUUGUAUGCUUUAUUGUUUUUAACUUAUUUAUAUACAUUUAGCAUUAAGUAUGUUGUUGUUGGUAUUAUAUACUUUGUUAGUUAUUUAAUGAAUAUGUCUUUCUACUGUCUCAUAGGGAUGUUUGUUAAUAUGAGAUAUUGGUGAACUUCCAUCGUUGUUAAUGAACCUAGCGAUGAAGUACUUUACUACAAUGACAGAGAAAGUAAGUUUGAAAUUUCAUAGCCAGAUUUAAGUAUUGAUACUUCUUAGUUUUAUUUUCGAAGCAUAUUAAUGCAAGUAUAUGCAUUACUUUAAUAAUAGAAAAUAAUAAUUGUUAAAUGUUUCUAGAUAUAUAAGUAUUAUUUAAAGUUGACAAAUGUUAUUUGUUAUUAGAAAUUAACAUCAGCAUAUUUUGUUUUUGUGAUAAAAAUGUCUCCACACUGCCAUUUUAUGCAUAUCUUAUUUUUAAUAUUUUUUUUAUACUUGCUCUUUAAAACAGUAUUGGCGUAGAUAGUAAAACUUAUGAUUUAUAAUUUAUUUCUAUAAAAACGAAUUUAUAUAUGUAGCAAGAUUGUAAAACUAGUUUUAUACUCUACACGUACAUACAUGACAUUUAUCUUAACAACUCUGUGAUAAUUGUAUUGGUACUGAUCGUUUUAUACUGGUUAUGAAAUUUACAACUUACCGGCUGAUAUAUAAUAGGAAUAUUAUUGUAUGAGCAUAGAUUAUAUAUGAUUGUAGCAUUAUUCAAACAAUGAAAAUUCUAAAGAAAGACAUAAUUAUUUUAUUCACAGCAAUUGAGAAGGGAAUUUCACAGGGAACUUUAUACGGGAUAUAUAUAUAUAUCGACCAAAAAGAGAAAAGAAGAAAAUUUGUGAAAAGAAAAAAAGUUUUGUAGUUUGUGACAUAUUUUUAGCACAAUAUGAACAUCAUCAUAAAUAUUAAGACUGUAUACGAAAAUUAUGUGUCAAAUUAGGUAGUAAUUUUAAAAAUAAAAACAAGACCGAACGUUUCAGUCACAGGAAACAAAUCUAGUCGUCGCAGUAUUAAUUAUCGAUAAGCAAGACGUAGACGCCGUAGUCGAUAUUAUACAAAUACGUUAUUCUUAUAAGCAAGAUAUAUGAGAUAAAUGUUAAACAGAAGUCUGAGUAGUUUUUUAGGGACACAUAAUUAAGUUAGUUAUUAGUUCGUGUAACGUAGAUAAUAGCCCGUGCUUCCGUAAAAUGUAUACAUCCGCACACGUGCUGAAACAUCGCAGAAGGCAUAAAUAGAGAGUAUACACAUAUAUAACAGUCAGUACACACACACAAACAAUAAGUAGCGUAUUAUAUAUCGCAGAGAUGAAGAAAAAAACACGUGUAAUCACAUUAUUAAUGCCACAUUAUUAGCUCAUAGAGAUACAAGCGUGUAUUUUGUGAUUACGUUUUUCUGGAUGCUUGCCGACAUAUGUUAUAUAUAUAUAUAUAUAUAUAUAUAUAUAUAUAUAUAUAUAUAUAUAUACAUACUUAUAGAAAUAGGCAACAAUAAAUAGUGAUUAUAUAUACAUGUAACAAAAAAUAAUCAAUUUUUGAUAAAAGCAGAGUAUCCAAGGUGAUCUAAUGCUCGCGGCUCAAUCGUCAUCAUACUUGCAUUUUAGAUCUUAUAGAGAAUCAAAAAUUGAAUAUUUUUCUAAAGCGCCAAGAUACACCAAAGCCCUAGUAAUCGGGUCUAGUGAUCAACAAUACUUCAGAAGUGCCAGUUGUAAUGCAAAAAAAAAGAAAUUAAAAUCGUGUAUUCAGCAGCAGACAAAUAUUGAAGAAGCAUUUUGUAGAGUUAGUGGAUGAAAUACACACCAUCUGUGACAUAUAUAUAUAUAUAUAUAUAUAUAUAUAUAUAUAU